GGAGCUCUUGAAAGGAGACUUGUGGAGGAAGGUGAGAAAUGGCGUCUCAUAUCUUGCAUAUGGCUUCACGGUGGUUUCCUUCACUUGUUGGCUAACAUGAUCAGCUUAAUGUGUAUCGGAAUGCGCCUUGAACAAGAAUUUGGAUUCUUGAGAAUCGGAGCUUUGUAUGUGAUCUGCGGGCUUGGAGGAAGCUUGAUGUCUUGCUUAACAGAUUCCCAAGGAGAACGGGUAUCAGUUGGAGCAUCUGGUGCUUUGUUCGGAUUACUUGGUGCAAUGCUCUCAGAGCUUAUCACAAACUGGACAAUCUACGAAAAUAAGUGUACUGCACUUAUGACAUUAAUCCUGAUCAUUGUACUGAAUCUAAGCGUCGGGUUCUUACCACGUGUGGACAAUUCUGCUCAUUUUGGAGGAUUCCUAGCUGGUUUCUUCCUCGGGUUCGUCCUUCUUCUCCGUCCGCAGUACGGAUACGUGAACCCCAAAUACAUUCCCGCUGGUUAUGACAUGAAACACAAGAAAUCAAAACACAAGUGUUACCAACACAUCUUGAGGUUUACAUCUCUAGCCAUCCUUCUUGCAGGAUUUAUUGGGGCAUAUAGUAAGCUUCUCAGAGAACAUACCAUACAGAGCACGCCAAUCAGAGAAUUCAAUUAGCAGCUUGUAGCCAGCAGA